AUGGAAACGGCUGAAGUUCAGCCUCGUACCGAAGCAGAGAUUGAUCCUGGAGUUGUGGAGCGCCUCUCUUCCUUCCUGAAGGAGAUAACGAAGGCCAACGAGGUCCUAACCCUCAGCGUCAGUGAACUCUCCUCAAUGCUCUUCGUUGAGCUCAACGACCUGGCCGUCCUCUACAGGAAUCUAGGCCUUAAACCUCCCAGCGACCUCACCACCGUUAGCGUUGAACAGUGGGUGGAGAAGUUUCUUGCUGCAAUCUAUCGUGGUGACGUGCCGGCCUCUGCAAGCCCAAGCCCAGAGGAUGAGGAUCCGAGUGGUGAUGAGUCAUCUGGAACCGCAACUGACGCCGACGUGUGCGAACGUGAUAAGGAUGAGGCCACAGGCCAAACCGUCAAGCAUGAAUCUCCGGCCAAACCUGUCCCCUCUCCCCUUAUGUCCGAGUCACCGCCGCCAAUACUGACGCAGAAGCCAUCACGACCUUCUCUACCCUCAUCUCCACCUCCGAUUGUACAGAAGUCGGCGGAUGAGAGGCCGGUCAAGAAAGAAGAAUUGUGCCCCAAAGCCGCCGAAGAUGACGAUGCGGCCUUCCGCUUCUUCGCUCAUCACGUGGGUCAGACGCUGAAGCGGGAGCACAAAUCCCGUCUGGGUCAGCCAAUUUCGCAAACCUGGUUGGAAGGCAAGCUGCUGGAGAAGUGGAACUCCCUUCCGGAGACCGAGAAGGCCACCUGGGAACGUGCCUCAAGGCUCUCGCGGUGA